CCAGUUUCUGUUGGUUAUGAGUUGUGUCACAUCCUGGCAGAGAGAACAGCUUGAAGAGGCUGAAACUAUCAGAGACCGAAUUCACACAGGUAUUGUUUUGAAGAUAAGAGGCAAAUCUGAGCUCUGACACUGGCGAACGGAGCCGGAUCCUGACCUGAGACAGGCAAAGAGAGAAGAGAGGAUCGAGGGGGAGGGAGGGAGGGAGUCCUCUGCUGAAAGAAGGCGAGGUGAGAACAGGUAUCAGCCUCUUUGCUGUGUCAUGAUUAGCGUGCAUUAGGAGCAUGACACCUCUUCCCCGUGAGUCACAGCUGGUUUUACAGGAGAGGCUGAAGCUCAGAGGUAAAUAGAGGAGCUAAGACGUGGAGGGAGGGAUCACAGAAAACCAAACACAGGAUGAGCUAGCAGAGCAGACGGAGACUAAAGUUUGGUGAAGCCGGUGAGGUGCAGAGCAGGCCUGCAGGGCUGGACAGAUUAGUGAGUGGGGCAUGAAUGAAAGAGAGAGGCGGGGGUGUGAGGAGGUCUUCCCUCCCUGGAAUUUACUUCGACUCCCAGUUUUGUAACUUUGGCUGCACCAGUCACACAGGCUGAGUGAGUCCAGACGAGACAAGAGGGACACAUCCCAGGGAAAACACUGACCAGAGAGAGAGACUGUGAGUGUGUGAGCUGUGUUUACAAAAAUGACCAAAAGGUGUGUAUCUGCUCAGAAAGAUGACACAGCAAACGGACACCAGGUUUCCCAGGAUGGGACUCUGCUGGACGAGGACAAGAAGAAGGUUGGUCUGGGGAAAAAAGUGACUCUUCUCCGAGGGAUCUCCAUUAUCAUCGGCACCAUCAUCGGGGCCGGGAUCUUCAUCUCUCCUAAAGGCAUCCUGAAGCACUCGGGCAGCAUAGGGAUGUCCCUGAUCGUGUGGAUCGCCUGUGGGGUGCUGUCACUCUUUGGAGCACUGUCCUACGCAGAGCUGGGGACCUGCAUCAAGAAGUCUGGUGGGCACUACACGUACAUAAUGGAAGCUUUUGGACCGCAGAUGGCUUUCAUACGACUGUGGGCUGAUCUCAUCGCCAUCAGGCCUGCUGGGAUGGCCGUCAUCUCUCUGGCGUUUGGUCAGUACAUCCUGGAGCCGCUCUUCAUGCCCUGUGGGAUCCCUCCCAUGGCUGUCAAACUGGCCACCGCCAUCGGCAUCACCUCUGUGAUGUACCUCAACAGUAUGAGUGUGACGUGGACCGCUAGGAUUCAAAUCUUCCUCACCUGCAGCAAGCUUCUAGCCAUCGCCAUCAUCAUCGUGCCUGGAAUGAUCCAGUUGUUCAAAGGUGAGACCAAGAACUUUGAGAAUGCCUUUGACCUGAACAACGUGGAGCUGUCUGGUAUGCCUUUGGCCUUCUACUCGGGGAUGUAUGCAUAUGCUGGGUGGUUCUAUUUAAACUUUGUGACAGAGGAGGUGGAACGGCCUGAGCGAACUGUGCCGUUAGCUAUCUGUAUCUCCAUGGGGAUAGUGACUUCCUGCUACGUGCUGACCAACGUGGCGUACUACACCGUGAUGUCAGCGGAGGAGCUGCUGGCUUCGGAGGCCGUGGCUGUGACGUUUGCAGAGAAGCUGUUGGGGAAGUUCUCCAUCGCCGUCCCAGUGUUUGUGGCCUUGUCCUGCUACGGCUCCAUGAACGGCUGCCUCUUUGCCCUGUCCAGAAUGUUCUUCGUGGCGUCACGAGAAGGUCAGCUCCCUGAGGUUUUGUCAAUGGUCCACAUCCGCAGACACACUCCGCUGGCUGCUGUCCUCAUACUGUACCCUAUGACCAUGCUCCAGCUGUUUGUAGGGGACAUCUACGGCCUGUUGAACUUCAUGAGCUUCCUGCGCUGGCUCUUCAUCGGUGUGGUGGUCCUGGGUCUAAUUUAUCUCCGAUACACCAAACCCGACCUGCCCCGCCCCUUUAAGGUACCGCUCUUCAUCCCUGUGGUGUUCUGCCUCACCUGUUUCUUCAUGGUCUUCCUGUCUCUGUACUCGGACCCGAUCAAUACCGGGAUCGGGUUCGCCAUUUCCCUCACCGGGAUCCCCGCCUACUACGUCUUCAUCUACUUCAGCGAUAGACCAAAGUGGCUUCAGAGGGCGCUAGAUUCCUUCAACAGAACCUUACAGAUCCUCCUGGAGGUCGUCCCCGCUGAGCAAUAAGAGCGCAAAACGCGCGCACACACACACACACACACACACACACACACACACACACACACACACACACACACACACACACACACCCACACACACACAGAGAACUGAACUGUAACACAUAUUAGAUGUAGAGUUGUCUCUGUAUGAUGUCAGUUUUUGUAUGUUUUAUUAAAAGUUACACAUUUCUUUUAAACCAGUCA